AUGCUGAUGUCUUGCUACCCUAGACUGAUGAUUACAAAAGUGAGCAUGAGAGAGACAACGGAGGGUUAUGACUUAUGAGUGACAAAUAAUGUACGAAAGAAUUGAGGUUCUAAAGGUGAGUUUUGAGCUAUUCUGGAUUUUGAGUGCAGGGUUGAGAGGGACAAGUUAUCGAGUUAAAGAGACAAAGAAGUGGGCAUCUUCUUCAAACUUCACUGCCCCUACGGAGGAACCUGUUUCACCACUGGAAACAGCAGAAAGUGGACCAAAUGGGUGGACUCAACUUGGAGAGAAAAGAACACAAGUUUUGAAACCAGAGCAAACAUCCCUCCCGCAAAAGAUCACCUCUCAAAAUCAUAAUUUGCCAUUUAUACUCAACAGAGAAAAACGCACCUAUCGUGAUGAAGAAGAAUAUUCAAACACCAGGACCCUUGAGCUUUUUCCUCUUAAGAGGGGUGACCAACAUGGCAUAUCUCUUAAUGACAGGAAAUCUAGACUUUGUGCAUCAACUUCUCUGGGCACUGAGAUUGCCACCUCAAUCCAGUUUUUUGAGUUUCUUCCUUUGAAAGAUUGAAGGAAACUGGUACCAGCCAUGUGGUUCCAGAAUAGGGCUAAAAAGUUUAGGAAUAGUUUGUUUGUUAUCAGAUCUUUUCAAUAGAUUUAUGACAUGUGAAGAAACUUUACCUGGAAAUAGAGUUUCAUUAUUGAAAAACUGAUAACAAACAAAAUUCUUGUACUUUAAUAUUGUUGUCGAACUGAUUUGCUUUUAGUUUUGGAUGCGUGUGUAUGUUUUAAUAGGGACCUGCAAAUCUAAGGUUUUUUUUUGUGGUGAAUGCAAACAUUAGGUUUUAAUUUCUCUGAA